GUCACGGGAUCAAGAGGCUCUUUCUUUGUGUUUAGCUUUUGGAGGGUUUUUUUUGGAAGGCCUUUUUUUCCCACCCGCACCCGCAACCACCUGACCUCAAUCGCGGCAGGAGUAGCAUAAAAUCCAUGAGUCAUGUGGGUGUUCGGCUACGGCUCCCUUAUUUGGAAGGUGGACUUUCCCUACGAGGAAAAGCGAAUUGGUUACAUUAAGGGCUUCAGUCGACGCUUCUGGCAGGGGAGCACCGACCACCGCGGAGUGCCUGGUCAACCUGGCCGGGUGGUGACACUUGUGGAGGACCCUGAGAGUUGCGUUUGGGGCGUGGCCUACAAGCUCCCCACGGGCCGCGAGCAGGAAGUGAAGCGCUACCUGGACCACCGGGAAAAGGACGGCUACCACGUCAUGGCCGUGGCCUUCCACCCGCGCCCGCCGCUGGCGCCGCCGCCCAACCGGACCCUGCUCUACAUCAGCUCGCGGGACAACCCCGACUACCUGGGCCCCGCCCCCUUGGAGGAGAUAGCCAAUCAGAUCGUGCGCUCCACGGGGCCCAGCGGGCAGAACACGGAGUAUCUGUUUCAGCUGGCCGACGCCGUCAGGAGCAUCCUGCCCGAGGACAACGACACGCACUUGUUUCGUCUGGAGACGCUCGUACGCCAGAGACUAGAGCACAACGGCUCUCGCAAAUAAUUCCAAAGUGUCAUUACAGUGGUGCCUUGAGUUACGAGUUGAAUUUGCGCCGUUAUUAUUGGACAAAUAGCUUUCUACACUAUUGGACUUUAGAAAAUCAUAAUACUAUCAUAAUUAAAUAUUGUAGAAUAUAAAGCAUUGAACUGUUUAUGCAUCAUGAGUUCAUGCUUCUGUGCCCAUUCACAUUGUGCACCUCCUUCUGCUGUGUACGCUUUGGCCACCAGGGUGCAGUAUAAUACCUAAUAAAUUAAGAAGACAACUCAGCUCAGUAA